CAGCGCGUGGCAAACACUGGCGGAAGAGAGGAAGCAGCUCGCGGAACUUACGGGUUUCUGGAAUCAUGUGGGCGCGAGCUGUUGCUGUGCGCGCGCUGCUGUUCGCUCUCUCCCCCGGGGAGGACGGAAGCCGAGAGGGACGACAGAGGACGUCCAAGACUACACACUACUCCAACUCCAACAGACUGCUCGGCGCUCUGCAUGAAGUUCUGGAGAAACUGCAGACGAAGAGGAUCAAUCCCUGGGAGAAGAAAUAUGGACAGGUCCCCUCUUGUGACCUCGGCGAGCACUGCGCCGUCCGGAAAGGAUCUCGUAUCGGGAAGAUGUGCGACUGCCCUCGAGGAGCCUUCUGCAACUUCUUCCUGCUGAAGUGCUUAUGAGCCAAUCAGAACCCACAGCGAGAGUUUAUUUUAACAUUAUGUAUAUUUUACACUGAAUUAAAUAUUAAUGUCUGAAAUGAUGUAAAGUAGUUUUUAGUGGGAAUAAAUCCUCUGUCAACCUGUCCGUCCAGUCUGUGCUGCAUUAAAGGUGUUCUUCCUUUUC